AAGUGUUCAUGAGAUCAGUUGUUUUGUUGUACUCAUUUAUGUUAGACGUGUUUAUGAGACAUAUAUAGAUAUAUUUAUGGGAAAAUCUGAUGAAAACGAAAUACCCGUAAAGAUUGUGUUGCUAGGCUAUACCUUUGCUGGGAAAACUUGCCUUGUGGCCAGAUUUACUCAUAACAGAUUUUACAAUGCAGAAGCUACAAUUGGUGCAGCAUUUGUCUCAAAAAAGAUACAAGCUCUUGGAAAGAGGGUAACGCUAAAUAUAUGGGACACAGCCGGUAGUGAAAGAUAUCAGUCCAUGACUAAGAUGUACUACAGAGGUGCCCGUGCCGCCAUUUUAUGUUACGAUCUGACUGAUAAAUCCAGUUUUGAUAAAAUUAGAUACUGGGUUGGCGAGUUACAAGAGAAUGAGCAGUAUUGCCGAAUGUAUAUAUGUGGAACAAAGAAAGAUUUGAUUGACAAUGAUUCAAAGACGCGGGCGGUAUCUGUCAAUGAGGCACAAGUUAUAGCACAAGACUUACAAACGGAUUGUUUUGAAACCUCGAGUUUAACAGGAGAGAAUGUAGAUGCUGUAUUUCAACGUAUAGGAGAGGAUUAUAUAAGAAACAUGCAUAACUAUCCAGAAAACCAGCCCAAAACACAAGAUAACGGCCAGGAUUCAUUUCAUGUACAUCAGAAAGAGAAUACACCGCCCUCUUCGUCAUGUAUGUCGUGUUUUAAAAGGUGAAAGUAGAGGAUGGAACUUUAAAUGUUUUAUUUAUGGAAA